AAAGUAAAACAAAAUCAAAGCUUUGAAGAAACAUCAAGAGGCAAAUAAAUAACCCAAAAAAAUCAAACUUAAGCCAAAGGAGAAGAAUACAAAAGUUAUAAGCAAUAUGUCAAAAGUUUCUCUUAUCAGAUUGUCAUUGUUAGUGUUCCUGGUGAUGGCCGUCGUGACUCCAUCGGCGAAGUCCGCCCUUCUCGGAGGGAAGUCAGAUGUUGGGAACGUUGGAAUCAACAUGGAGAUUCAAGAACUUGGAAGGUACUGCGUGAAACAAUUCAAUCUACAAGAAAUGAGCGAGCAAACAACCGCUGCAUCCAUUGCGAGAACAGACGCUAACGUGUUGAGUCCGUUGAAAUUCAGACGAGUUGUGUCGGCUCAGAAACAGAUCGUGGCUGGUACCAAAUACUAUCUAAGGAUUGAAGUGACUCAACCCGAUGGCACGAGCAGGAUGUUUGACUCAGUUAUAGUUAUUCAACCAUGGCUUUUCUCUAAGAAGUUGCUCGAAUUCACUCCUGUUGCUAGUCCUAUCUACUAACUUCAUUUCUUUAUUCAAGAAUAUCCAAAUGCAAUCAAAAAGACCAAAAAUGUGCAUGAUAUGAAGUUAUUAUUAACAAUGGGCUAAUAGUUCGUUUGUAUUGUAAUGAUGUUUUACGUUGUUAUAAAUAAAGGCCAAAGAUGUUAUAAAGAUGUGAUGAAAUUACUGAAA